CAACCCCUAUCCCCCGCCCCGCCCUACCUCGCCCCACCCUUCUCCAGUGCCCGUCCCACCCCCGGAGUACCCCGUGAAGACACAGUGCUCAGAAAGUCACCAGUUGGCCACCAGGAUCCCGUCUGCUCGCACGUGUAUCGACGGAGAGAACAAAGAGCCCGUCGUGAGAGUCUGACGUGACCUGCCCCACUCACCUCAAUCAGGAUGCCCCGCUACGCCUACCAAAAGCCCGUCAACAGGCUCUACGCCUACAACUACAAGUACAUGAAUAAUUACUACAAGCCUCUCUCCCAAUACAUCGAGACCAAGAGCGAGGUGCUGCCGGAGAGGACGAAGAGGGCCCCUAGCGAGCAGCCGGGCCACCAGUCCUUGGCGGAGCGACUGAAAACCUACCCCAUGGACGGCAGCAUCUACCGCCCUCGGGCCUCCAGCGCUCCGCCCACCCGCCGGUUCUAUAUCAUCGAUGAUGAUGAGGACUUUUUCCCUAAGCCAUCCAAGGCCUCGAAGGAAGCUGAAGACGACUUCUUCACAGCUCCGUUCGCUGGCAGGAGAGCACCAGGCAAACCGACCAGACCCUUGUCCACUUACGAGCCGAGCGCAAUGGCAAAGGUGUCAGAUGCCGAGCAGAGGUUCGUUCCCCUAUGGAUGAAGCACCCCUACCGCCUCGCUGUUGAGGACGAAGUUGUGCCUCCACAUGAGAGCUCCAUCUGGCCCGAGAGUGUCCCCCACUUCAACCUGGUCUCCUCCUACGAUGCCAUGGUGGGGUACCUCGGCCUCAAGUACCCUGUGUACCGCUAAGGGCGACGCAUGUGUGCCGCCUCGUUCAGUCCCGGAGGCGCUGCUCGGCUCUACUCGGCCACGCCAUUACGAGACCACUACCAUGAUCCCCCUGUAGGACAUUUGACUGUGAAAAAGACCCCGUUUAGGAUGAAGUCCCCUCCACUCCUUUCCCUUUUCUUCAUCUCUUUUCCUUCAGUUCUUCAGUGUGUCUUUCCUCCUUCUCUCUUAUCGCUCUCUCACCAUCAACAGGAAAAGCAGCAUUCAUCUCCCUCAUUAACUCGUGCUGCCUUUGUUGAUGUAAUGCUCCUGUACAGCGCGGGCCGCCACAGCCUGGCCCGCAGCCUCUCUCAGCUCUCUCCCAUUAGCACAUGGAAGAAAGAAUUGUUGUGAUAUGUUUUACAAAUGAUCUAAUUUUAUAGGUGUUGCAUAAAAUGGAUUUGGGAUAUUUAUUAAAAAGUUUUGAAGCUACGUUGGUUGUGUUUUGGUUGCCAGAGUCCGCCAGAGUGUAUGGCGCCUCGUGUCACCCCACUAACACCCUCGUGUAAGCUUCGUUGAAAUAAAUAUGAUACGCUUU